GAGACAGGAUCAAAUGCUGUCACUUGGGAGGGCGACAGUGAUCCAAAUAUCCCACAGAACUUCAAGAGCCACAUCAAAUGCGCGAUAGCUUUCACUAUUGGCAUGAUGAAUCUUGUCGUGUCUCUGGCGGUCAGCGUGUUCACUGGCUUCCUGCCUCAAAUUGGCCACGAGUUCAAUUCCGGGGUGGAGAGAAUGCAGCUGUGCUUAACGGCAUACAUCCUUGGCCUAGCUUUCGGACCAGUCUUUUUCGGUCCCGCUUCCGAGUACUAUGGCCGCAAGAAGCCUUUGCUUUUUGGCAUGGUUGGGUUCAUCGUUUUCACGACGUACAUCACAUUUGCUCGUGACUUCGGGGGAAUUCUUUUCUGCCGCUUCUUGGCGGGAGUAUGUGGUAGCGCUGCUUAUGUUAUACCGCCUGGUAUAUUCGUCGAUCUGUAUGGACCGGUGGGCCGCGCAAUCGGCUACCAGCUCUUUGCCACAGGCGCAUUCCUUGGCGGCUCACUGGGGCCAGGGGUUGGGAUUUCUGUUGCCGCCCAAGGUGGAUGGCGCUGGAACAUGUGGCUUCUGAUUGCCGUCGCUGUUCCAUUGACAGUGACGUUAGGAGCUCUACCGGAGACACUCGAGGUCAUUCUGCUCCACCAGAAGUCGGAGCGUCUGCGCAAAGACACGGGAGACUGGACAUUGAGAUCUGCAAGGGACGAAAGACCUGUCCGACUGCAUGCGUAUCUUUCCAAACCGUGGCAAAUGCUGAUCCGUGAGCCCGUGCUUAUGGUGGUCACAACCGCGUUCACGCUCGACUAUGGCAUCCAGAGUCUUACGUAUUCAGAAAUUCCGUGGGCAUUCCAGAUGCGAGGGUGGUCGACAGUGGACUCCUCGUGGGCAUUAGCGAUCACCAUACCGGGCUUCUUGCUGGGCUGCUUGGCCACGACAUUGGACACCAAGCUGCGAUUUGGCACAGAGCUCCGUCGAGGUGGUCUGGUUGCGCCCGAGAAGAGAUUGCCGCCUAUAAUUGUCGGCAUGGCGCUCCUCUCACUGGGUCUGGUGUGGUUCGGCCAGACGUCAGCACAUGCUCGUUGGUCGUGGGCGCACCUAGCCUCGGCAGAAAGCAUGAUUGGAGCCGGCAUGUUCAUGGUGUGGUGUACUGCAACAGUCUACGUGCAAGAUUUGUAUGUCUCGCACUCGAACAGCGCCCUUGCUGCAUGUGCCUUUGUGCGCUACUCCAGCGGCGCCAUCUUUCCGUUGCUGGCCGGGCCCAUGCGAACUGUGCUUGGAGUAUCAUGGGUCAGUGUCUCUCUCGGCCUCAUGUGUGCCUUUCUGCUCCCCUUCCACCUCCUGUUCUACUUCUACGGCACGAAGAUCAGGAGCUGGAGC